UAUUUUAAUAAUUCUUAUGAUAAGAUUCAAUAAAAAAUAACAUCUAAAUAACAUUUUUAAACAAAGUUAAUAAUUUUUUUUCUAUUCCUAAAAUUCUAACCUCAACCUCGUGUUUCCAUACACAUCAUGUCAAAAACAAAAAAAAACCUUGGUCGCAUCAAAAAUUAACAUGUCACACUUAGCACUCCUAUUCUCGCUGUUGGCUAACCUGCAUUGAACGAAAUAAAAAUGGCUAACGCCAAAAUUCCCCGAUUUGUUUGUGCUCGCAAUUUCAAUUGAAUAAAAUACCAAUUCCAUCGCGAAAUUCUUUCUCAAAAUAUAAUUAAAAUUUAAAUUAAAUAUAACUUUAAAGUUUGACAACAUUUUCAACAAUCAACAAAUAAAGUUAAACGUGUUAAUUUGUGUUUAAAAAUUUCGCCAAUACAAAACCCACGAUAAAUUUUUUUUCCAAACUCCAAUCCAAUUGUGUGAUAUGAAAGAAAAGUGAAUUUCAUUAAAUUUCAUCUAAAAAUCAUAAAGAAAACUUAAAAUUCAACUGAUUAUUGCUCAAGUGAUGUAAAAUUAAUAUUAAUUUUGCAAUUAUUUCACAAAUUAAAUGUGAAAAAGAACUUUGCAAACCAGAAAGAAGAAUAAUUAUAAAUUUUCAGACUCCGCUGGUCGCGCAACACCCAAUGACGCCAUUUUUCGUUGGCUGGGCCACUCUGCGGCGGCGACCACGAGCACGACGGAUCUCGCUCAUAUUUUACCACCACUAUUAAAUAAAAAAUCGGAUAAAUUCUGUGCCAACAUUGACGUUGUUGAGCUCUUCUCGACAAUCGACCGUCAGUCGAAGAUUCUUCAUUGCAAAGGGUAGUUCUCUGAUUCCAGCAGCAAUUGAAGAAGCUAUACCUACUCUAAAGGCCCAAGAAAAUAAAGUAGAAAAAAAAGAAGAAAAGAGCAAAGCGAUUUAAUCAGGAAAAAGAGGUAAAGCCUACUUUCUGUCAUUAUGGAAACUUCAGAAUCGCAGUACCCUACAAAUGAUGUUAAAUCUGCAAUUUCACCAAAAGACGAUGAUCGAAAUGAUGAAACAAUCAAUGAAGAAAAUAAUUAUCCACAGCGUUCACAAAGUACUUCAUCGGAUGAAGAAGACACCGAAAACCCACUUACUAUUAUAGAUCAAAAAGAUGAUGAAAUAGAAGAUCAGCAAAAGGAAGAAAUAACAGAUCCGCAGGAAGACGAAAAAACAGAUCAGCAAAAUGAAGAAACAACAGAUCAGCAAAAUGAAGAAACAACAGAUCAGCAAAUUGACGAAACAAUAGAAAAACAAAAUGAAGAAACGCCUGAUCAGCAAAAUGAUGAAACAAUAGAUCACCAAAAUGAAGAAACAACAGAUCACCAAAAUGAAGCAACAACAGAUCGGCAAAAUGAAGCAACAACAGAUCAGCAAACCGAAGAAAUAACAGCUCAUCAUAAAGAAGAAACAUCGGAUCAGCAAAAUGAAGAAACAACUGAUCAGAAAAAUGACGAAAAAGAAACACAUCAAUCACCAAUGGACAUACACCAAGGCGACACACAGGAGACAAAUAAUGAAGACGGAAAUUCAACAAAAGACGAAUUUCCCUCAGCUCAUCAAGAUUCUUCUGAUACAGAAAAGGAUGUGCAAAAAGAAAAUGAUUUAAAAACAGAAAAUGAUUUUAAAAUAGAAAAUGAUUUCAAAAUAGAAAAUGAUUUAAAAAUUAUUGAAACGCCUGUUCUCAAAGUAAAUGGUAAUCAUUCACUUUCCUUAAACGACGAAGAUACUUGUUCAUCAACUACUUCAUCAGCAUCAUCACAUAACUUAGUAAUAGAUCACCCAUUAGCUGAGGAACAACCUCCAGUGAGUUUACAAGAAAAUAGUCUGCCCGAUGUUCCAAAAGUAACUGGAUCAAAGACGUUGAAAAGAAAACUGAGCCCCUGUGAAAAUGACUCACCCCAAUAUAAACAUAUUCACUUAGAUACUACAAUUAUUCAAAAAAGUCCACACAAAGAGGAUAAUCAGCAGGUAAAUUCUAUGUUAACUGAGGAACAAAGAGGUUCAAUUACUGUUGAAAAUCCGCCUCCACCACAAUACUUUUGGGAAAAAAGUAAUGAAACAGCGCAUUUUCCAAAAGAAGAACCACAACAGGCAAUUCCACAGUAUCCGGAGUAUCCGGUUAAAUUUGUUGAAGAACGCGUUGCCCCUUUAACGUUUACGCAACAAAUAAAUGUUCUUUGCCAAGAACCCAAUAGCGUUACUCUGAAAGAAAAGCCACCACCUCCGUAUGAAUCGUAUUCUGGAUAUCAAAGUAGUAAAGCUGUAUCGGAUAGUCUAAACGAAAUAACAGCUCCUGCUAAAUUCUUAUCACCUCAAACCUAUGGACCAUAUCCUGUCUAUACUAGCAAUAACGUACCAUCAACGUCAUUUGCGACAGAAAUAUCUCCUUUGGUUUUAAAACAACUUCCACCACCACCAGAUCCUUAUACACGAGUUACUCCGAUCACAUCUGUUAAAGAAUCAAACCAACCAAUUGGUUCAUAUGAGCUCUAUACAACACCUGCUGGCAAAAGUUUACCCCCUCCUCAGUUAAACUUUGAAUGUUUCAAAUGCAAAAAUGCUGUAUUUGAAAGUUUCUCUCAACUACGAGAACAUCACAAGUCCUGUCUGUUCAGAGAUAGUCCUAAAAAACUGGCACAAAUCACUUCGGCUACUCCUGCCGAUAUGAUUGUGAAUGUAAAAGAAAAGACUGUUGCAUUACCUAAUGCUCCUGGCCCGCUUGAACAGACAAGUUCGGUGACGACAACAACAGCGACGGCGAAAAAACGUUUCUAUCUUUGCUCAUCCUGCGGUACCUAUCACGAGAACUGGAAUCUUUUCUUACACAUCCGCGAGAUACACAACCGUCAUGUAUGUCUGUAUUGCAUUCGAUUGUUUCCCACGGCGGAAAAACUUUCGCUGCAUCUGGAAAUCAAACAUGAUCUCGAACAGAAUCACUUCAACUCUGAGGAAAAACUUCGCAGUGUGUCGAAAGGUGAUGGUAACUCCCGUUUCCUAAUGUGUUGCACUUGUCAGCAUGUUUUUUCCGAGCAUGAAAGAUUCUCAGAUCACGUGUGUACAGAGUACAUACAGCCGUGCUCACUGUGUGGCCAAAAGGGACGACAUUUGAGCAAUUGCAAGGCUAAUCCAGAAAAACGACCGAAAGCAAAGAGAAAGACAAAAGCAAUAACUGCUCCUCCGCCUCCUACACCAGCACCGGUAACAAAAGUAAUUUGUAAAAUACCUAAAACUUCAACAACAAUGGCAACAUUUUCGACACCUGGGCAAGUGGGUGAUAACAAAUUAAACAACAACAACCAGAUGGCGUUACCCACGUUACCUCUUACCCUACACACCAUGCCCACUCCGCUUGAGUUCUCUAAACAAAAUGGAUACACGGAGAUGCCUGUUCAACAAGCAGGUGGCGUUGGUUAUGCAAGAACGAAACCACCAUCGGAGCACUUCAAUUAUCAUUCCGAUGAUAGUACUAAUAUGGUGAUUGAUGAAACUUGUAGUACCAACAACUACUACAAUCAGAUGCCAGCUAUCAAUCCAUUCAAGGCUUUGGACGAGCGAGAACGACAGGAGGCAGUGCAGAAAAUUGCUGAAAUUAAAUCUACACUACCGCCUGAUAGAGUUGCUGAAGCAAUACCCGAACCUAAGCCUCUAAUUGUUCCGAAAAUGAAGCUUUGUGUACCAAAAGAGUUUCAAAAGGCUGUCGAUAUGGAGGUAUCUUCAACAGAUAGCAACGACGAUGAUGAUCAAGAGUUUGACGGAGAACAAGAGUAUCUUGAAAACUCGAAAUCUGUGUCGACUGUUGAAAAUAAUAGGACAGCAGACAACCCAGAGGGCAAUAAUUCGAGUUCUGCUGAUGAAAAAGAUAGUGGACAGGAAGAUGGUGGUGAACUUGAUUCCAAAUUAGAUAGAAUACUUAAAGCAAUUGAAAAGACUCAGUGUGAAAUUCGAAGAACAAAAGAAAAGAUGAUGAGAACUUCACCUGCAGUUGUUGAGCAUGCAAACGAAAACAAUUCCUCAGUUGAAGUUGUUGCUGUAGAACCAGUUCAGCCUGAAGUUGUUGCACCGGAAGAACCAGUUCCCGAUGAAGUUUUACCACCAGAAACAGUUCCCGGAGAUAUUUUACCACCAGAACCAGUUCCGAUGGAAAUGUCUCCAGUAAAUCCAGUUCAAGAAUCUAAUCAAGAACCUGAAGAACGACCCGCAACUCCGGCAGAGUGUGUAUCGGAUUUAGAAAAUUCGAACAUGAGUCCCAUUUUGAAGAAUGAAACUGAAAGUUGGGCAACUCCAGAGCGUGAAAUGAACACGCCAACUCCUCCUCCAACGCCUAAUUCAGCUUGGCCUUCUCCCUUUUUUCAGCCGGAAGAUAGUCCAACCGUCUUGCAGGCUGUUUCUGAGCGUGAAAACAUCGAAAACAUGGAGAAAGAGUGCGAACACGUAAAAGAGCAAACUUCCGAAACAGAGAAAAUGACCAGCUCUUCAGAACUGGAUGUGGAAACCAUUCAAAAUCAAGAGGAAUCCACAAUGGAUAUCGAAGAAAAGUCAAAACAAACACCUCCAAACUCUUCGCCUUUGCAAGUUAUGGAUUUCAGUCCCAUCAUUGAUGUAGAGAAGAAACUCGAUGAAACAACGACGACAGAAGAACGCAGUCAACUAACACCAGAGAUCGACGAUGAGGACGAGGAAAUCGAAGUGGUAAAGGAACACGUACCACCAGCUGAUGGAAUCGAAGUAGCUAGUGAUGAUAUAUUAAUUACCGACCUGCUGCUUGACCGGCCGAUUGAAAAAUUCGAAAUAAUAGAAUUUGUUCGAUUGUGUGUGAAAGCAGUGUACUCUUUGUGUCUGUAUUGCAAUCAUGCAAGGCGCAUUGCAGUUUGUGGUCAUAGCUUGGUCCUCCAUCUGCUAGCUCAGCAUCGUUUUUCUGCUACAGUCGAUUCAAUCACAGCAGAAGAACUUCUGCCUUCGACUAUUGUGUCAAAGUUGAAGAGCUUUCUGCCUGACUUGGAAGAGCACUAUUUCAAUUUAGAGAGUUACUCUACUUGGCCGCCCAAAGAGGACACAACAUUAAUUCGCUGCAACGAGAGGAUUUUCGAGUGUUUUCAGUGCAGGUUCUCAACGAGAAUGCACAAGGACCUGUAUUUGCAUAACAGAAAAAUGCAUCUUAAAACAGCCAUUCUUUGUUUUAUGUGCCGGUCGAAUUUCUUCAGUUUUAGUGAAAUUUUGUGUCACAUUUGUCCAGGAACACCAAACAAGGUAACAAUGUUUGACAUCAAAUUUCGAUGCUGUUUGUGCGAUGUCGAUGGAAUACCCUCACCAUUCCGACUGAUGGUGCAUCUGAGGAAAAAGCAUUUCGCAUGUGACAUUUGUUUGGAGGACUGUCAUGUACAAGCUAAACUCUCCAGUCAUGUCUGGAAGCAUAAACUUCAUCAUUUGUGUUAUCGGUGUGGAAUUGCAUAUCGCAACAAGAUGGACAUUACAAAACAUCUAUUUUGGAAGCACGGAACUGAAAGCAUCAUUUGCAAACGAUGUCUACAAAAACGCUGGCGUCAUGUGUAUCACUUUUGUGUGCCUCCUUCGUCGUUUACAUGUGAUGUUUGCAGCUUGUGUUUCUCCAAGGCAAUCUAUUUAAAAGUCCACCAACGAGAACAUACGGGUGACUUCCGGUAUCCUUGUACUGAAGAUAAUUGUGAGGAGAAAUUUGUUUCAAGAAAAUUGCUGCUUAAGCAUAGCAUAAAGCACGGCCCUCCUCCUGAAAUCAAGCCCGAAGAAGAGAAAGUAGAAAAUGAGGAGAAUAACAAAUCUGAAGCAGAGGUCGAAGUGAAAGAAGAAGAAACUGUCCAGCAAGAAGAGAAACCUUUACCUGUUGAAACAGCUGAUGUUAAGGAAGAGGAGAAAAAGUCUGAUGACAAAAAGCCAGAGGAAACCCCUGAAGUUGGCUCAAAACGGAAAAAGAAAAGAAGUCGCAAUAAAGAAAGCUUAGAAGAUCUGAAUUUGAUUGCUCCAAAUCUAUCGGAGAGCGACAGUAGCGGAGAAUCAGAUGUUGAAAGACCUAAGACUGAUGAUAAAGAUUCGCUGGUGCCAAAUGUUAUGCUUUCACCUCCAUCUGAAGAAGAAAAGGAUGAAGACAAAAUGGAGACAGCUGAUAAGGAUGCUGGAAAAAUCAUGGAUAUUUGGGAGAAUUUCAAAUCAUUCCAAGCCAGCCAGCAACCGAAAAAAGAUGAAGACGAUGACGAUAAAUCAUUCACAGAGAGUGAAUAUCCAACACCGAUUCUUCAUGUGGCCUCAUCGGAUCAUGAUUAUUGUGCAAUGUAUAAGGUACGAAAUCGAGUUGUAAUUGAAGAAAGGAAUUCGGAGAUUCCAGUUGAACCGGAGCCAGCCGAUGUAACGUCAGACACUGAAAGUAAAGUUCAAGAACUUAUGAAACGAAAUGAGUCGAUUUCUCCGACUAAAAAGAAAAGGAAAUCUACUGGCAGUAAUUCGUCUUCAAGUGGUUCAAGUUCAGAUACGAGCUCUAGGUCGAGUUGCUCUUGCAAAACUAAUUGUAGUUGUUCAAGUAGCAGCAGUGGAUCGGGAAGUAGUUCUAGUUCGGAUGAUAGCGAUAGUUCCACGUCGGAAGGACGUCGGCGAAUAUCUAAAAAGAGAGAAGAAAGAGCUGAACGAAAUCGGCUCAAGAGUGAAUGUUCCCAGAAGGUUAGUAUUUCUGAGAAUGUCGAUGUUGGAGAAGCUAAUGAAAAGGAGCCUGUCAUCCCAGUUGUAAUAAAGGAAAAACUGGAGCCUGUUUUCAUUGAGACUGACUUGGAGACCGCUGAGUCAGAGACAGAUGAAGAAUUCUAUGAUGAACAUCCUCAAAAACUUGCCUCCGAAAUGUUGGCAGAAAAACGACUUCAAUUGCAGGAACAGAUGCGCCUCAGUCCAUCACACAACUUUGACAUAAUGGAGAAUAGUAGACCAUCGACUCCAUCACUUCCAGAGGAAAUGUUAAAAGAGAAAAAAGUCAAACUUAAAAAGAAGAAACGUGACCGUAAGUCAUCGUGCAAGUCACAAGCAGUUCCACCCAUUAAACUGAAUUUGUCGAUCAACAAAGUGGAGAUUUUAAACAAUGAGUCGGUGAUUCGAAAUCAAACGACAAUGCAGGUUCCUGAAGUUGAUUUGAUUCCUCCAUAUGAUUUGAUAGCUUCGCCUGGAGUGGCAGAGCCGCCAGUUGCCCAACAGCCAGUCUCAGUCUCAACGCCGAUUAUUCAAAAUCACACAGUGAAGCCUGUUCCAUUCUUCCAUACUCGAAUGAGUGAGGGAAGUAGUUGUUCAGAUGCCGAUAGUUCCCUUAAAAGAUCACAGCGUGCACGACGUCCGAACAAGUUCUAUGGUUAUACAAGUGACGAUGAAAAUAUGCCAGGCACUCCAUUGAUGAUCGGAACUAGAACAUUCAAACCACAACCGCCCCCGCAGCUAACUUGGAGAAAGGAAGACCUACCAGCUCCUUCGAAGAGUAUUCUUUUGAACAAGCAGCCUCGAACUCCAAAAACGCCCGCUGGUCAAAAAGGUCCAACAAAGAAACGAAUGCAUCAGAAAACAAACAGUGCAAAAAAGAAACAGCAUCGAUUGCCUCCCAUACCUACGCUGAAGAUUCGGCCUCCGAAAUUCAAUAAGCCACCGUUUGUGGCAGUUGCUUUGCCUCCACCUCCUCCGCCACCGGUUGCAACAAAUCAAUCAUAUUCUUCAAGUCGAGAUGAAUCGGAUGAUACUGAUAGCAGUGAUGAGGAUUUAGAACUUCCAGCAGCAAACACUGUGCCAGCGGCAUCAGUUGUCCCAACGUGGAAUCCGACUCCUGCACCAAUGGUUACAGAAGCACCAGCACCACCCCCUCCACCACCUCAAGCAACGGUGUUCAAUCAAAAGAUUCCGCCAGCUUUGCUGCCCAAUCCUGAUUUUGCCACCAUUCAGUAUUUCAAGCGUAACAACAUACGCUAUCCAAUAGCACCGCCAGCUGGUGCGAGACAGCCGCGUGAUGGAGAGAGUGUCUAUUGCUAUUGUCGAUGUCCUUAUGAUGAAGUUAGCGAAAUGAUUGCAUGUGACGGAGAAAAUUGCUUGAUCGAAUGGUUCCAUUUCGAGUGUGUGGGGAUAAUGGUUGCACCACAAGGCAAGUGGUUCUGCGCCGAAUGUCGGCCAAAAUAUUCCAAUGAACUGUAUCCGCAACUGUCGUAAUGUAAAUCUAUAAUAUGGGGACAGAUUUUGAGAUCAAUAUCAUACGCAAUGUCAGCAAAGACAGCAUUUGGAACCUUAUUAUGCUAUCGAUUUGUAAAUUAUAUAUUCAGUGUUAAGCUUAAAUCAGAAACAUUAACAAGAAAAAAAGAAAGAAAAGUAUCUUUUAAAAAAAACACACACACACACUUAAGAAAUACGCUUAUUAAUUAUAAAUUAAUCUUUAAACUAUUGUGUAAUAUAAUCUGGAAGUUUAUAAAUAUAAAAUUGAGAAAACUAAAAAAAAUCAUCAUUAAAUACAUUAGAAGAAAUAUAGUUGAAUUAUUAAUAAAUAAUUAUUGUGAUUUCAGGAAAUUAAAACAAAACAAAAAAAGAGCUAAUUUUGUUGUUCUUGUAUAUAUGUAUUCAAAAUCUUUAUAAACUAGAUUCUAUGUACAAUUUAAAAUAACUUUAUAAAUAUUUAAAAAAAAUAGCUCAUUAUAAUUAUUAUUAAUAAUAUUAACGUAUAAGUAGACGUUUAAGGAAUUAUGUUGAGAUGUUUAACACACAUCUCAAUUUACUAGUUUUUAUGUUUAGUUGUGUACGAUAUUCAUACAUAUAUAAUAUAGGUGUAUAAACAUGGAUGUGAUUCUAUUAGUUAUUUCAGUAGACCGCAAAUUAUCCGACUUAAAUUUUUUUAUUUUACAUUUUUUCACAUAAACAAGGAAAGAGUUUUUUCUCAAUUUUUAUUCAAUUCAAACAUGUCUGUGAAUUAUUACAAAACAAAUAAAUUAUUAUAAUCUAAUAGUUAAACAAGAAACUAAUAAUUAUAACAACAGUUUAAUGUAUUGUUAAAUUGUUCUUGUUCUCUAUAAUGGAUUAUGUCAAAAAUAUAUACUGAUAUACCCUACACAACAAAUAAUAAAAAAAAUGAAGAAUACAAUAAAAUACAGAAAAAUACUAUUUGUGCACGUUUUAUUUUUAUAAGGUCGUCGUAGGGUUUCGAACCAAGGUUAAGAUAAGAAGAGUGUUGGUUUUAAAUACAAAUCGAAAAAACGUAUUGAUUAGCAUAAGCAUAUUGGGUCAUAUGCAAAAAGAUGAGAUGGAGCCCUUUUUUUUUCCUGUUUUGAGAACUUUCUUAAGGUGGCAUGUAAAAAAAUAUAACUAGUCUAUUUAGAUAUCAUAUGUUGACCUCAAUAUUA